AAUUUGAACGCAUCUUUUGAAAAUCGUCGAAUUCGUCGAGUCGACUCGAGUCGGCGAAUUUUUUGACAUAUUCGAGUGGCUUUUGGGCUUUUGGCUUCAUUUAUUUUGACAGUUGAAAAUUCAUGUCAAGCGCUACGUAUUUCUUUGAAAAAAGUCCAUUAUUCAUCGUUUUUUAUUCUUUCUCGACUUUCUUCUUUUGACCAGAAGUGUAGAGAGACGAAACUGAUCCAUUAGUGCGUGUUAUAAGAUAAGAGGGUCCAGAAAUUCCGCAAGAACCAUGUGACACGAAUACGAAAGGGCUACCAGACCGUCAAUGUGACAGAAAUGUUUUCUGCCAUCACGACGAGCCAGUGCUACCGCGGACCCAAAACGACCACAACGCGUCAUAAACGAGAAGCGAUAUAGGGAAAGCGCGUUAAAAAUGAGCGCGAGAUGGCCAGCCCGCCACCGAACCCUAGAGAAGGCGAGGAGGGCGGCUCCGAGUUCACGGAGGAGUCGAGCGGGGAACGCGCGACCACCCCGCAGAAGACGUUCAUAGCGCCGCCCGCGUCACAGCUGCCCACUAAGUUGCAGUUUGUGGCUCUCGGUGCGCCAGGGCCUAGCGGCAGCAUCAAGCAAUGCUUUAGAACGGUGAAAGCGGCGCGACGCGUACCCACACUGCCUCGGCGGCCGCGCGAGGGAGAGGCGGCUGUUGCCGGCACGUCGGCUGCCGGCUCGGCUGCCUCGGAACCCGAACGGCGCACGCGCCGGGACCGCAGCAAGCGACAUGUCUGCACUACUUGUGAUAAGCGCUUCUCUAGCCCUGGGAAACUUAGUCAACAUGUCCUCUCCCACACAGGUGAGCUCCCAUUUUCAUGUAACCUUUGUAACAAACGGUUCAAUUCUAAAUUUAAGCUGGUACGUCAUAACUUGAUUCACAGUGAGGCUCGAGCCUUUGCAUGUAUCACUUGUGGUAAAACUUUCAAUCGCAAAGAUCAUCUUACAAAUCAUGAAAGAGUGCACAAUCCAGCUAAGAGACUGUAUACCUGCGAUAAGCCUGAUUGUAAAAAGUCAUAUACAUCUUCAUUGAGCUUUCGAAAACAUGCGGCUCUACAUUCUGCAGAAGAAGGAAAUCUACAGUGUAUAAUAUGUGAUGAGGUAUUUAGUACUCAACAAGAUAUAGUUUACCACCUAAAGGUCCACACAGGGAGCCGAACUGUAAAGAAUGAGACUGAUAAGAAGUUUACCUGUGAUUACUGUGACAGGAGGUUUUUCACAGCCAAAGACGUGAGACGGCAUCUAGUGGUGCAUACAGGUAGACGAGAUUUUUUAUGUCCUCACUGCCCACAAAAAUUUGGACGUAAGGAUCAUUUAGUAAGGCAUGUAAAGAAUGCUCAUCCUGAGGAGUCAUGGAAGUCGGCAGCAGUCGGUACAUCUAGUGAACCACCUCCCCAGGCAUCAACUUCUUUUGAGGAAACAUAUACAGAUUUUCAAAUAGAGGGUAGUGAAUACCCUUUAUGGAAACCUCCUUCACCAAAAGAAAGCAUGCCAGAAGGCCAAACAAGAGUGCCGUCAUCUGAAAUCAUUGUAGAAAUACCACCUGAGCUUAAAAUAAAAGUGGAACCUGAUAUAAAAUUGGAGGACCCAUUAGAGAUCAAGUUAGAAGAGCCAGUGUCGCCGAGUUGCGAGUUGAUACCUAGCGACUAUCCUGUCAUGUUUAUUGUCCCUUCAUCAUACUCACAGACGCCAUCCAACUUGCCGUACAUGACAACACAGCCUAUGCAGGACACCAUGACCCAAGCCCAUUUGUUAAAUCCUGCUGUACCGUCUCUGCUGGUGGAUCCUGGGGAGGGACCAUCGGGCCUGUCCAGUGAGAUGUUAGGGCUUCUAGAUGACAAUGAGCCAACGUCUACGCCCACCUAUACUGGUGAAGAAGGUCGCCAGCAGCGCUUGCCGGCGUUCACUCAGGCCUUUCAAACGGCGCAGAGCCCGAAGCCGCCGCCGCCGCCGCCGCCGUCCCACUAGCCUCGGUGGCCAGCGAAAUUACCUUCAUGCAUUUAGCUUAUGUGAAAACCGGACUACCUCAUUAGGUAAGGUAGAGCUAAGCUGUAUAUAGUCAGGAGAGCAAAGUAAUGCAAUUGUAAUAUUGGACUUAAUAACUUGUAAGGUGUAUGGAAGCUAUAGGGUGUGUGCCCUCCAGUUGAAUUGCCAAAUUGUAUAUUUGUAUUUCAGGUAUACCAAAAUAUUUCCGAAUUCUACAUGAAUAUGUGAUCUAGUCGUGUAUGUACUUUCGGAAUUUGUAAAUUGUUUAUUUAUAACAUACCUUGUAUGAUCUAUGGAGUUUAUAGGGGACCAACUCUGUGCUAAGUUCAUUAUGCGAUCAUUCAAAUUUUGAACGUGUUUUCUGUGAGUUAAUGGUGAUGGCGCGCAGAAUUUAGUUUGAAGGUAUGGCUCUUGGAAGCAGUAGGCUAUUACAAUAUGUUUCAGAGAGGCGUGCUGCUUUUGACGCGAAGUUAUAAUACAACAGAGCAUAUCCCUUGUCUAUCAAUAAAGUAGAUUCAGAAUUCUGCUGGAAUAAUGACAUCAGAUCUGUUUAAAGCUAGAAUGUAUUUCAUCUAUGUAAGUAUAACAAUGUGACUGUUGAAGGGAUGGAAUUAAAUAUCAUUCUAUUAUACAGAAUGCUAUUCAAGUCCUAAGAACUCGACAGGUAUGAGCUAGAAACUAAAUGCAAUAUACCUCAGAGGCACUCGUGUCUCCUUAGAAUAAUAAGAAAACUAAUUGGGUCUGUCUGGUGAGCAAAGUAUGAGAUGAACAGCAGAUAUCUAUAAAUCGCAUUGUGUUUUCAACUGAUGUGCCAAAUAUGAAAUCAUGGACUAGAAAACCUUAGAAUGCUUCCAAUUAAUAAAGUGUAGAAUUCUUUUGCUCAUUAGACGCAUAUGAAACAUAAUUGAGCAGAAUUUAUGAGUGUUUAUUUGAUGAUCCGACAGCGACAAAAUUCAAAUGUUUGCUGAUUUAAUACAUGCAAAAAUUUGAUUUUUAUAUGGGGAAUUAAAAUCCGAAAUUCAUGCUAAGCGUCUUGGCUUACUUUUUAGGAUUACGAGCCAAAUUAUGUUAAUAUUUGUUAGUGUGGAAACUUGGUGUAAGUGUCAGAUGGUUGAUAAAAUUAUAGUGAGAAUUUAAACAACUUGGAGUGAAAUGGAAGGGUAGGACAGCUGGAUUUAUUAGGUGCCUUGCAUUUCUAGGAUAAACAGUAAACUGUAAUGUACUAUAGCAUAGCCACUACUCACGAUAAAAAAAUAUUAUAUACCAAUGUUUAAAAUAAUGGAAAUCACUCUGAAUUAUUACUGAUCAAAUUAAAAAUAAUUAAUUGUUAAUAUAUGGCGUUCAUUAAUGGUUAUGCAUUAAUUGUAUGUAUUUUGCGACUGGAUAUAUGUUCCGCAAAGCUAACAAGGCAGUUAAAAUUAUUUCACUCAGCAUCAUUACUUUUCACUAUCGGCCUGUGAAAUUUCAUUACCAGUGCAGUGUUAGCUUGACAAUUUUUAAUCACAUCAGAUCAUUAACUAAAAUUUACCUGGCAAUUGUAAUAUAUGCAACAAUUGCGUAUAAUAUGUAAUAUUACCGGCUAUUAUUUACUAUGCGUUCACCACAACGUAGACAGUUGAUAAUGCUUCUUACUACCACAUCUGGGAUGACAGUCGUAACGGUAUAUAAUAUUUAAAAAUACUACUCUUAUUCUACGGAAAGACGAAUGAAUAUGUAAAUUCUAUAAUCUCAUUGUUGUACUUAUGUUUAGUUUAUUAUUGGAUAAUCAUGAGUUUCAUGUGGUCUAUGCUGUAGGAUCGGAUCAGUUUGAUUUAGUCGGAACGCUACCGAGAUUUAUAACGAAAAUAGAUGUUUAUCUUUCAAUUACCAUCUGCUCCUGUGUGAAUUUUGUCGUACUAAUAACUUUUGUUCUGUUCAUUAAAAUCUAUAACAUAUUAUAGAUAUACGGGUCUUAAAGUUCGCACGCUUCGAAGUUUUUCUAUCAUUCCAUAUUAAAGUAUGAUUAGUAUAUUUAAAUAACAAUAAUUAGCGAAUUAAAUAGCCAAAUAUCUAAUCAUAAUUCGUGAUAAUAAUGAAAACAACAACAUGUAUUAAGGGGAGCUUCUUAAUGCUUUACUUUUUAGGCAUUAAAAGAUAAUAUACCUCAUCAUUAGAAUAGAUGAAGCAAUGUGCAAACAAAUGUUAUCUCUCUAUAUCCGGGUAGCUGUAGGGUGCCGUUAUAUUGUUAAUAUGAAAUAAGCUCAAAAGCAUAUUACCUGUAAACUCGGCGGCGUUCCAAAUGCUACCA